AUGUUCGAUAUGGCCGUCCACAUGCCAGGGUCUAGGGAGGAGCUAGAGCUCAUGAAUUUUAUCACUUUAUACAAUGAACUACGUGAGACUACGCUUAUAGACGGACCAGAGUUCGCAGGGGUGGGUCUCGAAUACAGUCAUGGAAAGACACUGUUUGGACACUUAAUGUCAGGCUAUGACGCUGGCUACUACUGUUACUUGACCCGUCAACAGGAGGAGGAAGGCUUAUCAAAGCUCCUGGGCUGCGAUCCCAUCUCGAGUGCUUCUCACGGUGAAACUGAUCUGCCUAGUCCAUCGACCAACCCUGAGAGAAGAAGCCGGUUGGUACAUGGAGCAAGGCACCGGCUUCAAUUGCUCUACAGACGAGCCAAAGAGUAG